AUGGCCAUCUUCGGGCGCUCGAAGUCGAAACAGCCUCACGCAGAGGCCUCGUUGUCGAACAAGGAGAAGGACAUCAACGGCGCUGGAUUGGGAUAUUCCAAACCACCACCGACCGGCCUCCGCGUCUUCACCAUAACAAUCUACACCCUUGCGACAGUCUUCCUCAUCCUCAUCCUCAUAGGCAACAUCAACAACAACGCCGUCAUCAGGAGCACAUACUUCCUGCGGAUCGAGCUCGCAAACAUCAUCCCCGCGUCCGUCCCGUACGCGGUCUUCAUCAACAGCAUCGCCCAAUCGAUAGGCCUGCACGAUUUCUACCAGGUCGGGCUCUGGAAUUUCUGCGAGGGAUACAAUGGAGAGGGCAUCACGCACUGCUCCCCGACCGAGACGCUCUACUGGUUCAACCCCGUGGAAAUCAUCCUGAACGAGCUCCUCGCGGGCGCGUCGAUAACGCUGCCAAGCGACGUCGUCGACGUGCUUGACCUCGUGAGGCUGGCCUCGGCGUGGAUGUUCGCGUGCUUCAUCGUCGGCGUGUGCCUCACCUUCCUGUGCGUGUUCUUCGCGCCGAUGGGCUUCUCCAAGCACCCGCGCUGGCAGCACCGGACGAAACGCAUCUUUCUGCGGCAGUUGCCCAUCACGAUCCUGACCUUCGGGGCUUUACUAUUGACCGCGGCAGCGAGCGUCAUUGCCACGGUCAUGUUCGUCAUCUUCCGCAACCAAUUUCAAGGCGCUGCGGACUUGAACAUCCACGCACGGCUGGGCCGGCCGAUGUUUGCGUUCAUGUGGAUCGCCACGGGGCUGAACCUGGUCGGCUUUCUCAUGCAGGUCGGCACGUGCUGUGGCGUGUGCUGCUGUACUGGGAGGCGCAAGGCCGAGAGACGGAGUCAGAGACAGAGUCAACUGGAUGGAUCUGGUAGGGAGGGAGGUGCGAAUGGGGAGGAAGAAAAGGCAAGACAACGCAAUGGUGAAGAAGAAAAGACCAGACAACACAACGGUGUGGGAAGUUCCACCACAGGGACGCGCACGCCGACGCCCGGCAGAUUCGCCAGCCAGUUUAGGAAGAGAUAA